CAAAGAAGGAUGUGGAAUUUUGCUUUGACAUAAAUGGAAAAGAAAUGCAAUACAAGGUAACGAACGAAAUAUCCAUUAAUAUAAAUACACAUAAGUAAAACUUGAUUAAUUCAAGUACAAGACUGUUGCAUAAUAUACCCAUUAAAAGUUUGUUCGCUCCACCUUAAUACCCAUUAAUCACGAGAGUGAUUGUUGUACCCAUUAAUCACUGCUGACAGAUGCUUCUUUUAUUUAUUUAUAUUAUAUUGUUUUCUACAAAAAAUCGGUUUUUAAAAUCUUAUCAUGUAGAAACCACUAAAUAUUUUCAAUUCAGUUCUGUACACAUGCGAAAAAUUAAAAAAUUAAAAAUUAAUUUCCCUAGACCAGAUUCGAACCCGGGACCCACAGUUUGAAAACAUGGAGCCUAACUGAGACAUCAGCGACUUGGAAUGAGCGUGUCAUAUGUAUGUUACUUAACAUACAAUGUUUUUCAAAACAAUUUAUAUAAUCGAAACAAAAUAAAUUUAACUCGAACAUUAUUGUAUUACAAAACCAACUAAAAAUGGAUAUAGAAAAAUGAAAUAAUUUUUCGUUAACCCUACUAGAAAUUAGAGGAUCUGAUGAAAUUGCCCCAUUAAAUUUAUUGCCAGAAAAGUCAAGAAAAGUAUACAAUGUCGCCUAUGAAUCAUUUUGAACUGACAAAAGGAAUAGAAUACCACAUUUUCUGAAUUCGAAAAUUACUGAAGUAACUGCAAAAUAAAAUCUUCAACGCUAUGGAUCUAUUAUUUAAUACAUAGAUGUACCACCUUACAUCGAGGUAUAAAUUUUGAAAAUUAAAAAAAAUUAUGAGCAUUAUCAAAACAAAAAUCGGAAGGUUUUCAAACUGAAAAGUGAAAACUUUUUCUAGAGAAGAUAACAAAAACUUUUUAACUGAAACAUCUGGUGAUAAAUACAAAGGUAAGUUAUUAAGUAAAUCUUUCACAUAGUUAUUUCACUACAUUCUGUAAUUUAAAGUUGCUUUAAUAUAAUGGGAGUAAUGGGUGUAUGAAGAAGUAAUGGGUUUUGAAAAAAAUAUUUAGUAGUCGUGGAUAAAGUAUAGUAUUCUACUCGCGUAUAUGUGGAUAAAACUGCCAAGUAUAAGAUGUUAAAAGAAUAUAAAUAUAAAUAUGUACCUUUGACCUGGAUAUAAACAAAAAGCAAGCUGCCAAGAGGAGUCCCUGAAGGGUGGCUUGACCGUCUCUCAAUUUUAUUCCAUCUAAAUAUAAUACUGAUUGUGUGUAAGCCAAAAUUAGUGCAUUUAACGCCAAAAUCUUGAACAUUUGUAAAGUUGUUACUAAGGUACAUCUUCCCUGUUUUAUAAUAUGGCAAACUGAAAAAGAGAAAAUAGAAAAUUCAGUAUAAAAUAGAUUUUUUAGCUAUAUAAAAAUUUGAGUUCGUUCUUAUGACCAAUCUUACUAGAUAGUAUCAGAAACCAUGUUAUGAAAAAUAUUUUUGUCUUAAAGAAUCUAUUUUGAUUUGGAAAGUUUUCUCUUAGGUUCUGGACAUUUGCUAAAGUGGGGGGAGACAGACAAGCUCUUCAUGGGACCCGAACACUUAAGUGGUAUCAGCUACAGAACAAAACCAAUUAUUGGGACAACAGAGGCCGAAACAGGCAAAGACUCUUCUGGAAAACUACAAUCAGAGUAGACCUGCUGAAGUAAGAACAAUCUGGAAAUACUAAUAGGAGUUCUAUCGAGGCACUGUCGCCUCAACAAACACCUGAAGACGCUACACUUAGCAAAUACUAAGGCGUGCAGAUUUUGUUGCACAGAGGACGAAACCUCUAUCCACAUUCUCUCGAAUGGAACUCCAGAGCACUACACCUGGUAUCGCUUGAAAUAGAAGACGAAGAUUUCUAUCAAUUGAAGUCUUCCCACAUUCUAGACUUUUUAAAAUGAGUUGGAUUAAUGGAUAUGCUGUAAACACUUGGUUCUCCAGUAUCGUAGCAAGAAAGGGGACACAAUAGAUCCUUUGGGUCGCAGUGUAUACGAUUCCCCAAAAUUUAUACAGAGUUUUAGUCGCAUAGCUGAAGCAACUACGUGAUUCCCAUACCGCUGGAAAAACGUUUAUUUGACAAUAAUUGUAGGCGACGUAGGCGUAUUUAAUCUAAUCUAGGUAUUGUGAGAUAAAAACAUAGAGUAUUUUAUCCAGAUCGAAAUACACAAACAACAUAAUUUUGAUAUUGUUUUGAAUAGAAACAGUUUAAAAAUAAAAACAGGUAUCGCUUAUGAACCGUUUUCGGGACGGUCUUUUCGAUACUUGAUUGAUAGCAAGUACUGUUACAAGAUCCGUUGAUAGCCGGAGAUUGCGCAGAAAAUACGUUCGUUCCAACCCAUCAAAAAACGAACGACUCUGCUUCAAUAGGCAUUUAAUUUAUUUACACUACGAGGAUUAUGAUGUUCUAAAAUAUCAUAAACAGUUUGUCACUGGGAAUCAACUAAUCAGGGGUGGAAAACAGCUUUCGCAUUUCGAGGACGCCACAAAAUUAUAUUUUUUUUUAAAUUAAUAUAUACGAAUCCGAAAUGGGUAAUCUGUGUUGUAAUUUAACAAAAAAAGAUUCAAUUUCAACUAAUGAAGUCCCAAAAUAUACCGAAGAAAAAAGGAUUUCCAGAAAUCUUAGAAGAAUUUCGAAUCCGCCAAAUGAUAUAUUACCUAGACAUACAAACUACGGAGAUCAUAAAGAUAUUGAUUCACCAAAUAUUAUACCUGGUAAAUCUACAGACCAAGAAACAAAUAUCAAAGAUCGGAAUAGUGUCACGUCACCAAGAGCCAGUGUGCAUAUGAAACAAAAUGGAAAUCAAAAUAGUAUCAAGUCACCUAUUAUCGUAGCAUCUAGUAUAGAACAAAAUACAAACUACAAAGUUAGUAAUAAAACUCCUGGAGGAAGUAACAAAGAAAUUAAUAUCGUAGAUGGUUCUAGACCUAAAGCAAUAAUAAGAAAGCCCACAACUGUUUUUGAAAAUGUUUCAGUUUCAGUGAAAGAUUCAGUAUCUGAACCUGACUAUAGUUAUAGAGGCGAAAAAGUUAAAGUUAACGAUAUUGUAGAUGAAUUAAUUAAUUUUAGUUAUGUGAGGUGUAAUAGAAAUGUUCUAUAUGAAAAAAACUCAUAUGAAUUGGAAAAAUUGGACUACAACUCACAGGAAUACUACCAAAUGGAAGUAUUGUUUUAUGAAACAAACAAAAACAAACACUUCUUCAAGGUACAUAGCAUAGAAAAAGUACACAACCCUUAUUUGGCAUUGCAAUAUGAACUUAACAAAAUACAACUUUAUGAAAAAAAUAUACAGUUUAAAGAAGUUUUAAUGUUCCAUGGGACAAAAAAAAGCAACAUUGAUAGUAUUUGUCAAAAGAAUUUUGAUUGGAGAUUAAGUGGUACCUCAACGGGAUGCAAAUUCGGUGAAGGAGUAUCAUUCUCACCAAUAGCUUAUUACGCGACACAUUACGGCGAUACUACUUACAAUAAGGUGAUGAUAGCCGCACAUGUUUUAGUAGGGGAAUGUUGCGAAGGGUACAAGAAUAUGUUAGUACCACAUUUGGGGUGUGAUACAAGUGUGAAUAGCAAAAAAGAAGUAUUCGUAAAAUUCGACGAUAACACUUUUUAUCCAUCAUAUCUAAUACAUUAUCGCGGAAUCGAUGAAGCAGCUGUAAAAAAGAGAUCCGGGAAGAAGUUUUGAUUCACGACACCAUGAUUUGGGAUAAAAUAUAAUGUUUUUCAAUCUAAUGACAUCAUUUUUAUAUUAGAAAUUAUAUUAUUUCAUGAAAUAUAUUUUUUAAAACUA